AUGAGGCCAAAGACUUUUCCUGCUACGGCUUAUUCUGGAAAUAGCAGACAGCGCUUGCAGGAGAUUCGCGAAGGGUUAAAGCAACCGUCCAAGUUUGCGGCUCAGGCUGAGGGAUUACCCAUAGGACCAAACGAUGACCCUUCCCUGGAUAUGGAUGUCCUGGAGGACAAGGACAUUACCAGACAACAGCAGCAGCAGGAGCAGCUGAGAGCCACUGCCAAGUUUGGCCCUUACCAGAAAGCUUUGCGGGAAAUCAGAUAUUCCUUGUUGCCCUUUGCCAAUGAAUCAGGCAUCGCUGCAGAAGUGAACCGACAAAUGCUGCAGGAACUGGUGAAUGCGGGAUGUGACCAGGAGAUGGCAGUGCGUGCGCUCAAGCAGACGGGCAGCAGGAGCAUUGAGGCCGCGCUGGACUACAUCAGUAAGAUGGGCUACCUGGACCCCAGGAACGAGCAGAUCGUGCGGGUCGUCAAACAGACCCACCCAGGGAAAGGCAUGGUGCCUCCGAUGUCCGGGAGGCCACCUUUCGAAGGAACGGGUAACUCCUUCCCGCCCUACCACCAGAUCAGCGGGGUGGCCUGUGAGGGACCCAGCUUCGGGCCAGAAGAGGCAACAGUGCUGAAGGAGGUGCCCCAGCAGUACGUGGACUAUGUGUUCUCCGACCCCAGACUUGUGGGGCCCGGUGCCCACGGCCUGCCUGGCAGCCACCAGCACUCCCCCAAAGGGUACUGCACAAACAUAGAGGCCCCAGUGAAGAGCUUCUCUGCAGCUAACCAUGGCAGCCCAGGCCUGCCCCUCCCGGGCCAGCAUGUCCCCAAUGGUCCACACUACAGCCGCCCACACCCCAUGGUGCAGGGGGAGCCGCUGGUCUAUGGCCUCCAGCGCAGCCCCUCCUUUCAGAACAAGGGGCUGCCUGAGGGAGCAGGCUAUGCCAAUCUGCCAUCCAAGGGCCAAGGGGCCCAGCCCUCCACUGGCCUGACGUUCCCACCCUCGGGCCCCGUGCCCAGGCUGUGCCGACCCUACUCACCCUACAAGACCACUAACAGCCCCUCAUCCCACCAGAUACACAUGGUGGGCCCUCGAGGGCAGGUGUUUGUGGGUGAUAGCCCCCCACAGAGCUUGCUCACCCCAUCAAGGAACAGCCUGAACAUGGACUUGUAUGACGUGAGCACCUGCAUGCCGUCUUCCACGCUGGCCCACCGGGACACGCUGCAGAAGCCGGGCCUCGAGGUGUCCCCCCACCACCACCCCUUCCGGCCCGAUGGCCCUGCCCCCCGCAGAACCAGCUCCUUCAACAAUCACCAGCAGAAGAUGGCAGGGCCCAUCAGGGCACGAGCCCCCUGCAAAGCCGAGCCUUCCAUGCCCUCUCCCAACACCAUCACUGCCAUCACCUCUGCCCACAUCCUGCACCCAGUGAAGAGUGUGAGAGUGCUGAGACCAGAGCCCCAGACGGCCGUGGGACCCUCCCACCCUGCCUGGAUGCCGGCACCUAGUCCGGUCCUAGAGAGCCUGGAGCCCAAGGACGAGCCCCCCCUUGCCCUGCGGGGCCCAUGUGCGUACCCACUGGACGUGGAGUACAGCAGCCCUGAGAUGCACUGCCCACCCCCUCCCUACCCAAAACACCUGUUGCUGCCGAGUAAGUCGGAGCCAUACGAUGUGGACAGCCUGUGCGUGGGGCUGGAGCAGGGUCUCCGAGCGGCCCCGGCUGCCGAACCCACCGAGAGGGGCCACAAGGGUCCCAAGAGUGCCAAAGGGGAGAAGGCGGUGAAGGACAAGAAGCAAAUCCAGACCUCCCCUGUCCCCGUGAGGAAGAGCAGCCGCGAUGAAGAAAAGAGGGAGUCUCGCAUCAAGAGCUACUCACCAUUUGCCUUUAAGUUCUACAUGGAGCAGCACGUGGAAAAUGUUAUUAAAACCUACCAGCAGAAGGUCCACCGCAGGCUGCAGCUGGAGCAGGAAAUGGCCAGAGCUGGCCUCUGCGAAGCCGAGCAGGAGCAGAUGAGAAAGAUCCUCUACCAGAAGGAGUCCAACUACAACAGAUUGAAGAGGGCCAAGAUGGACAAGUCCAUGUUCAUGAAGAUCAAGACACUGGGCAUUGGUGCCUUUGGGGAGGUGUGCCUCACGUGCAAGGUGGACACCAAGGCCCUGUAUGCCAUGAAGACGCUGAGGAAGAAGGACGUCCUGAACCGGAACCAGGUGGCCCACGUCAAAGCAGAGAGGGACAUCCUGGCGGAGGCGGACAAUGAGUGGGUGGUGAAGCUCUACUACUCCUUCCAGGACAAGGAUAGCCUGUACUUCGUGAUGGACUACAUCCCUGGAGGGGACAUGAUGAGCCUGUUGAUCCGUCUCGAGGUCUUCCCUGAGUCACUGGCCCGCUUCUACAUUGCCGAGCUGACACUGGCCAUCGAGAGCGUGCACAAGAUGGGCUUCAUCCACCGGGACAUCAAGCCAGACAACAUUCUCAUCGACAUGGACGGUCACAUCAAGCUGACUGACUUUGGCCUGUGCACUGGGUUCCGAUGGACUCACAAUUCCAAGUACUACCAGAAAGGGAACCACAUCCGGCAGGACAGCAUGGAGCCCAGCGACCUCUGGGAUGACGUGUCUAACUGUCGCUGUGGAGACCGGCUGAAGACCCUGGCGCAGAGGGCACGGAAGCACCAGAGGUGUCUGGCACACUCCCUGGUAGGGACGCCAAAUUACAUCGCUCCCGAGGUGCUCCUUCGCAAAGGAUACACUCAGCUGUGUGACUGGUGGAGCGUUGGGGUGAUUCUCUUCGAGAUGCUGGUGGGGCAGCCACCCUUUUUGGCUCCUACUCCCACAGAAACCCAACUGAAGGUAAUAAACUGGGAAAGCACACUCCACAUCCCACCCCAGGCCAAGCUAAGCCCUGAGGCCCGAGACCUCAUCACCAAGCUGUGCUGUGCUGCCGAUAGCCGAUUGGGCAGGGCUGGAACCAACGAACUCAAGGCCCACCCUUUUUUCAGUGCCAUCGACUUCUCCAGCGACAUCCGGAAGCAGCCUGCCCCCUACGUGCCCAAGAUCAGUCAUCCCAUGGAUACCUCCAACUUUGACCCCAUUGAAGAAGAGGAAAACGUGAGUGACCAGGCCAGCGAAGACAGCACCAAGGCUUGGGACACACUCACCUCUGCCAGCAACAAACACCCUGAACAUGCCUUCUAUGAGUUCACCUUCCGAAGGUUCUUCGAUGACAAUGGCUAUCCUUUCCGAUGUCCUAAACCCUUGCAAGUGGAAGCCAUACAGUCUGAGAGUGCAAAGGGAGGGAGUGCCAGUGUAGGGGACCAGGCUGAAGGCUGCCAGCCUGUGUAUGUGUAG